CACAUCACUUUCCCAUUUCCCUCCGAAGGGCAUGGAGGCUCCAGCAAACAUCACCAUUAAAGGGAUACUGAGCUUGUUGAUGCAGAGCAUUGAUAACGACGGCACAAAGAGGAACAAGGAGAAGAGUGUGAUUUCGCUUGGAAUGGGUGACCCUUCUGCUUACUCUUGCUUCCAGGUUCCUCCUGUUGCUUCUCAAGCUGUGGCGGAAGCUCUUCAGUCUCACAAGUUCAAUGGCUACUCCCCAACUGUCGGACUCCCCCAGACUCGAAGGGCGAUCGCAGAGUACUUAUCUGGUGAUCUUCGUUACAAUCUAUCUUCGGAUGAUGUGUUUGUAACGUCCGGAUGCACGCAAGCCAUUGACGUUGCACUAGCGAUGCUGGCUCGCCCUGGUUCGAACAUACUGCUUCCCAGACCAGGCUUCCCUAUCUACGAACUCUGUGCAGCUUUCAGGGGGAUCGAAGUUCGACAUUUUGAUCUCUUGCCAAAGAACGGAUGGAAGGUUGAUCUUGCUGCAGUCGAAGCCCUUGCUGAUCACAAUACAGUGGCAAUGGUGGUGAUCAACCCUGGGAACCCUUGUGGGAAUGUCUACCCCUAUCAACAUCUGAAAGAGAUUGCUGAAACUGCUGAGAGGCUGAGGAUUCUCAUCAUUGCUGAUGAAGUGUAUGGGCAUCUUGCCUUCGGGUGUAACCGUUUCGUCCCCAUGGGAGUUUUUGGAUCAACUGUGCCUGUCCUCACACUUGGCUCUCUCUCAAAGAGGUGGAUCGUGCCAGGCUGGCGACUUGGUUGGUUCGUCACUUGUGAUCCCUCUGGCUCUUUCAGAAAACCAAAGUUGGUGGAGCGUAUCAAGAAGUACUUUGACAUAUUGGGAGGACCAUCGACAUUCAUCCAAGCAGCAGUUCCUCGUAUUCUAGAGGAAACUGGAGAGGUUUUCUUUAAGAAAACAAUCAAGGUGUUGAAGCAAACUUCAGAUAUUUGCUUCGAUAGGACGAAGGAGAUUUCGUGCAUCACAUGCCCUCACAAGCCAGAAGGAUCCAUGGCUGUAAUGAUGAAAUUGAAUCUCUCACUGUUGGAAGAUAUCAGCGACGACAUAGAUUUCUGCUUCAAGCUGGCUAAGGAGGAAUCUGUUAUCAUUCUUCCAGGAACUGCGGUGGGAUUGAGGAACUGGAUUCGGAUAACGUUUGCAGUUGAUCCUGAGUCGCUUGAAGAGGGUUUAGCGAGAUUGAAAUCGUUCUGCAAAAGACACACCAACGAACAGCUAGGGAGUUAAAGGAGAUUCAACAUGUUCAUUCCCUCUAGCUAUUUCAGCAAACCAAUAAAAUUUGCAGGUACAAUUGCAAAUGCAAAUGAAUGCCUACAAGAUAAGCAAAGUCUGUUAGAAUGACAGGCAAAAUGAACAGUCUGUGUACAGACCUCCGUGUUACAGAAUUGUUAAUUUAGGAGAAGUUCUUAUGUUUUCUCAUUUGGUUAUAGUAUAUACCCAAAUUUGAGCAUGUACAUCUCAAAGAAAUGAAGUUGCCAGUUCUUAUGUUAAAGAUUCCGACGCUUACCGUGGUACUUAUAGUUUGAGUGACAAAAGUGAAAUAAUUUAAUGAUCUUGUGACAUCCCUGCCAAUUUACUGAAAUGCUAGCCAAUCGAGAUUUCUGAGUGGAGAAUCCACUGAAAACAACCGAUACAAAACAAUAAACCACGGCCGGCCGCCUAAAAAACUUUACAGUCAGGG